AAGUGCCGGCGAGCACCUCCCUUUCGCGGCGCGUCACCUACCCAACACUGGUGGCGGGUCCGGCGUGAAGGCGGCCGCCGCGUAACCCGAGUCCCAGGAGCGGAGGUGACCGCCAAGAAGGUCCCAACACUAAGUGGCGCCCUCCUCAACGCCACUACGCCAGGUCCCUUCCCCUACCUCCCCUCCCCUACCCCGCUGAACCGACCCGCCUUCCAGUCGCGUGCCGUCCGUUUUCCGCGCUUGCGUGGAACCUGGCCGCGCGCGCGCCUAAAGCCACGCCCACGUGUUGAGCCACGCCCUCGGAGGCUCCGCCCCUGUCGCCCGGAUCCCACCCCUCCGCUCGCAGGACCCCGAACACCAAUGAUCUUGCAGCAACCCCUGGAGCGAAGCCCCCAGGGUCGGGCCCGGCGCGACCCGCGGGCUGACUCAGGGGCGUCCCGAGGCCUGGACGCGAGCUCCCCUCUCCGAGGACCUGUGCCCAUGAGUACCAAGCGUCGCCUGGAGGAGGAGCAGCUGCCUGCCUCCUCGUCUCUCCCCAGGGAGCCCCUGCGCAAGCAGUUCCUGUCUGAGGAGAACAUGGUCACCCAUUUCUCUAGACUCAGCCUGCACAAUGACCACCCUUACUGCAGCCCCCCCAUGGCUUUCCCCCCAGCUCUGCCCCCACUCAGAAGCCCUUGCUCUGAGCUGCUUCUCUGGUGCUACCCUGGGAACCUGAUCCCUGAGGCGCUCCGGUUGCUGAGGCUGGGGGACACCCCCAGCCCCCACUAUCCUGCAACCCCAGCUGGGGACAUAAUGGAGCUCUGAGUGCUGGGGGGCAGUGCCCCUGCCCACCUUCCUUCUUCCCCACAGCAGGGGAGGCCAGCACUCCCACGAAGGGAGCAGCUGCCCUGCUUUUCCUCCAGACCAGGCCUCUGGGCACCAGGACCUUCCCCCAACAGAGGACACUGAGCCCCACGGAGCCCUGGGGUGGGAGGCGCAGGAGCAUGGGAAGGGAGCCGUCCCCUCCCCAGAGAACUGAAUAAAGAUUGC